UGUUUUAAUUAAAUUUGCAGACUGCACAUAGGAAAAUAACUUAAGCCAACUAUCUAUUUGCUCAAUAAUACAUUUUUAUUAUUAAAACGCCCCAUUUGGUGUACAUAAUAUAUAGAGUGACGUUAAAAAACACAUCGUUAAGUUCUUCUAAAUCAAACUUUAUAAGUCCAAUAAUUUUAUCAAUAUUAAUUAAGUUAACACAGUCAAAGUCCAACACUAUAUUAAUAAAAUCCAAAGAGUUUACGGUUACAACAAAAUACGGGGAAAAAACCUUAACCUUAAAUCGUCUUAAAUCAUAACAAACUGCUAGGUUCGAAUCGCCGCAAUCGAUAGAAUUGACAAGAAGUGCCGUAUACCUAGUCGGACGCUUGUGAGAAACUUCCGCAAAGCAUCAAGCUAUAGACCACAUCGACGUGGGAAAUUUCUUAAAAUUAUCAGACCCACCGCUUAAGUCAAUGUAUACUUUGGACAAGAGACGGAUAUCAGACAACUGUCAGAAAUAUAUUGGAUUGUUAUGAAUCAAAUGGUGAAUUUUUAAAUUUGAAUAGUUUAAAAGCCGAUUGGCUCAAGUUUCCCGCGUUGAUUCGUUGGGCAUCAUCGAUAAGUCGACGGGGCAUCGACCGUGGCGUGCUCGACAGGGAGUGGUAGCUGUCGCCAUCAUCGGCCAAUCGGUAUUUCAUACGGAUUGUAGUGCGUCUCGGCCAUUGGUCUCCGAUUUGUCUGAAUUUCUCGACCAAUCAUUGGGAAAGUGCAUGGUAAAUUAUCCAAUUCGUAAAAAAAUAUGGAGCAGCUUACUACUGCCGACGGACAGGUAGUCAUGGGAGUGUCUCCACAAGUUCAAGUUAUGCAAAUGAAUACCGGGCAAGUUAUUCAAGGAGCUAAUGGUCAGCAAAUCGUGGUACAUACAGUUCCCACUGGAGGACAGCUCCAGUUAGCUUCUCCCACUAAUUCACAGGGGCUACAACAGAUACAGGUAGUUCCUGUAAGUAGUUUGCAGCAAGGCCAAGUCCUGGUACAACCAACACAGCAGAUAGUGCAAACAAUUGACGGACAAACUUUCUUGUAUCAGCCAGGAGGAUUAAUAGAUGGAAGCAAUUUACAGCAGGCGCCAACUGUUUUAAAUAUCAAUGGUAACCUGGUUCAGAUUGGAGGAGCUCAGCAGGCUACCACACAAAAUGUUGCCCAAGCGACUUCACCCAAUACAUCCACCAUAGUACAACAAGCUCCUAACGGACUAGCUAUGGCUAACGGAAAUUUAGUCAUGGUGAGAAGUCAACCCGACAUGGUACCUACUACCAGCGGAACUCAAUUCCAAAGAGUACAAAUACCAGGACAGGAGUUUCUCGAAGAAGAACCUUUGUAUGUAAACGCCAAACAGUAUAAAAGAAUUCUGAAAAGAAGACAGGCGAGGGCCAAAUUGGAAGCUGAAGGAAAAAUUCCCAAAGAAAGACCAAAAUACCUUCAUGAAUCACGACAUCGACAUGCCAUGAAUAGAAUCAGAGGGGAAGGAGGUAGAUUUCACUCGGGUUCAGUGAAGAAAAGACGUGAAGAAAUGGAGCGCGCAAGACAACAGUCUCAAGUAAAUCAACAGCACGCACAAGUUCAAAUCACUCAACAAAUUCAAGUUCAGCAGCAGCAACAAGAAUUACAGCAAAUUAAUGUUUCAUAUGCAAACAUUCAGAUGAACACCCCUUUAAUUAUUGAGAGUUUACCGCCGGAUCUGAUAAAAUCUGAUCCGUUGAACAUAGAAACGAAGAAAGAAAUUACAUUCUAAUGUUCCUUGACAAAACAAAAUGACAGUGCAAUGUGCUGACUGAACUAAUUAAUUCCUUCAGUGCUAUCACGUGGAUAUGAACUUCAUACAGGAAAUUCCAGGAUGAUGUCCUUUUGCAGAUUGUGGUGAGUUUUUGGUUUUACGAAACGUUUAAUUAUCUGUGGACGGAAUAAAAUUUCGACUAACUGCAAAUGCAAACUAUACACCUGAACCAAUAAAUUGCUCAGAUAAUAAAAAACCAUAUUCAGAAAAUUGCACUCGGUAUUUAUAUGUAAAGGGUCUGCUGCUUCUAUUUUUUGAAUUAUCAGGAAAAUGACGUUCUGUUCGGAUUUACCAAGGUUUAAUUUAGUUGUAUGAAUGGGUAAAAAAUAUUGAGGAACUGUGUUGGUUUCGCAAUCCGGCCUGAAUGCUCUAACAAUUGUCACAAUUUUAACAAUACAAAACAUUUCUAACAUUCUAAACCCAAUUCUACAUUCGACAAGUUUCGCAGCUAGCUUGCGCCUCAACUAAAACGGUUCAAUUUGUUGGAAGUUGCAUUCUUUUAUUGUCAGAUGGAUUUUUGCUAGUAUAUUAUCGAGGUUGAGCAUCGUAUUGUGAUAGAUAUUUUGUAUUAUUAAACAUAGUUAUUUAGUUGAUCUGUGUAUAAAGAUUUUGUUCUAUAGUAAGCACUCUGUAUAUUUCACUAAUUUCGAUCUAAGAUUUUGUAAAUUGUGUAAGUAGUGGUAAUUAUAAGUUGUGUAUUUAAAAAUGACUGAAGCAAAUGAAAUACAUAUUCCAUU